AUGCAGCUAACUAUGCUGCAGAUCAAUACAUCCUGCAGUUUCAAAAGGAAAAGCUACUACGCACCCAGCCAGCUAGCCCCUCACAACAAAGAAAUGCGACCUGAAAGGCGAAGUAAGGACAUGCGUUAUAGAAGGAUGCUGUUGGAAGAACAGAAGAAGUGCGGAAAGAUGAUCCUUUCGAUGUUUCCACCACACACCAAGCGCCAUGCUCAGUCACUCAUUUGUCAAGGAGAAGGUCCUGUAGCUUACGACAAUGCCUUUCCAAUUUGUGUUCCUUAA